UCUCUCUCUAUAUAACAUCAUUAAGGGCGGUCGGACUCUUGAAGUGUAAUCGGAGAGCCAAGCUGAAAACAUGCCAUGAAUCCAAUUAGAAAAACAAACUGUGAAGGAGGGGGAGAGAGAGUUGUGAAUUGGGAAUAAUAGUAUUAAAGAGGCUUCAAUCUUUCGUGAAUUGGAAUCAUGUUUGAUGGCAAUUUGAUCUUCAUUAAACUUAGAGUACAAUUUUAAAGAAGAUUCCCGUGAUAUAACUAUAUAAACCGGACAAGGCAUGGGUUGUGAGAUGGAGUCCAAUCAAUCAGAAGAUACGGAAAUUGUCCUCUCGUCAAUGUGGCCUGAAAAUAUAAAUGAAGCUGGGAGGCAGUUCAAUGUUGAAAAGCCAGGAGCAGACCAGGAUAUGUUGGCUGAGGUUACAAUAAAUGAGGAACCUACAAUAGUUGAUUUUAAGCGUCUUUUAGACCUUACGAAUUACAGUGAGCAAGGUUCCUCGCAGUUGGCCUACUUGGUUAAGAAUUGGGAAUAUAAACAGGCCAAUGCCGUACGACUUCUCAGAGAAGAGCUCGACAACCUUUGCCAACAGCAGCAAGCAGUUGAACUCAAGAAACUGGAGAUACUGGAAGAACAUCGUUUUGAACAAGAUGGAUAUGGGGGUGAUAACCAUCCAAUUUCUAUUUUGGAUGAAAAUCUAAGAUACUUCUAUCAAGAUGCACCUCGGAGAAAGAAUCUUGUUAUCUUCCAAGACGAAAUAAUACCAAUAGAUGCAGAAUAUGACAGUAUAAUUUACUGGAAGCAGCGUGCUAUGCAUUUAGAGAAACUAUUAGAGGCAAGUCUUCAACGAGAGCGUGUGUUAAGGGAUAAAUUGCUGGAAAGUAUUGAAAACCUUGAAAGGCAAUCCUCUCCAGUGGAGGAAUUAUCUCAGGUUUUGAAGAGAGCAGAUAAUUUCUUACAUUUUAUCUUACAAAAUGCACCAGUAGUCAUAGGUCACCAGGAUAAAGAACUGCGCUAUCGCUUCAUCUAUAAUCAUUUUCCAAGUUUACGCGAGGAGGAUAUCAUAGGCAAAACAGACGUGGAGAUUUUCACUGGUUCUGGUGUAAAGGAAUCUCAAGACUUCAAAAGAGAAGUUUUAGAAAGAGGAUUGCCUGCAAAAAGGGAAAUUACAUUUGAGACCGAACUAUUUGGGGCAAAGACAUUCUUAAUUUAUGUGGAACCUGUUUUCAGCAAGGCAGGGGAGACUAUUGGUAUCAAUUAUAUGGGGAUGGAAGUGACUGAUCAGGUCCGGAAAAGGGAGAAAAUCAUAAAGCUUCGAGAGGAGAUGGCUGUACAAAGAGCCAAGGAGACAGAGCUCUACAAAACAAUCCAUAUAACUGAGGAAACAAUGCGAGCAAAACAAAUGCUAGCAACCAUGUCUCACGAGAUAAGAUCUCCCCUAUCUGGAGUUUUAAGUAUUGCUGAUAUCCUUUCUGCCACCAAACUGGAUAAGGAACAAAGACAACUGUUGGAAGUAAUGUUAUCUUCUGGCGAUAUGAUUCUUCAACUGAUAAAUGACAUCCUCGAUCUUUCCAAGGUGGAAUCAGGAGUCAUGAAAUUGGAAGCUACAAAGUUUAGGCCAAGGGAGGUAGUAAGGCAUGUACUCCAGACUGCAGCAGCAUCACUACAAAAAUCAUUGACCUUAGAAGGACAUGUAUCAGAUGAUGUCCCGGUGGAGGUUGUUGGAGAUGUCUUAAGGAUUCGUCAGAUUAUCACAAAUCUGAUCAGCAAUGCAAUCAAGUUUACUCAUGAAGGCAAGGUUGGUAUAAAGCUUUAUGUGAUACCAGAGCCACAUGAUGCGAUCAAACAAGUAACUGAUCAGAAUAUAUCUUCUGAUCAAUCACCUGUUUCAGUCAAUACAAAUAAAGAAGAUAAAUGUUUGACAAUAGAAGGAGUCCAUGAGAGUCACUCCAACUGUGAAGAAACAAUAGUGUGGAUACGCUGUGAUGUUUAUGAUACAGGAAUUGGAAUACCAGAAAAUGCUAUAUCCAAUCUAUUUAAGAAAUACAUGCAAGUUGGUGCAGAUACAGCUCGAAAGUAUGGCGGAACAGGAUUAGGACUAGCAAUCUGUAAACAAUUGGUUGAACUCAUGGGCGGUCAGCUCACUGUAUCCAGUAAAGAACAUUGUGGCUCCACUUUUACAUUUGUACUACCUUACAAGGUUUCACCAGCCUCUGAUAGUUCAGAUGAUCCUGAUGAAGUUUCAGAUAUGACCAACCAUGAUAUUUCGGAUGACUCUAAUGAUGAUGAUUUACAUUCAGGAAUUUUCUUGUUCGAACCACGUAUUUUGGGUUCGUUAGUUUCUUCUCAAGGUUCUGGACGGCACCCAAAACUCUCACCAAACAGUUAUGGAUGUAAUGCCUCGCAUAAGUGUAAUGGAACAUCAGAAGACUCCUUAUCCCCCUAUAGUAAUAGUACACAUAAAGAAGCCAAUUCAGAUGAAGAUGUGCGUUCGGUAGCUGGUGUUAUGGAGAUGUCUGAACCAGGGACUUCAUCACAGAUUCGUAGUGAAGUGAAUGAUAUUUUCCAUUCUCAUGUUCACUCCACCAGUUCCUUCAGAACAAGAAAUCAGGUAGGUGAGACUUUGGAAACAAUUAGUUCUCGAGUAACAUGUCCAACACAUGAUCAGCCCGUCAAAAGUUUCAACUGUACUCCCAUCAACAUUCCGGAAAUCCCAAAAGCUGAGCUAAAACCUAAGAUCCUCCUUGUUGAAGAUAACAAGAUUAAUGUGAUGGUGGCGAAGUCAAUGAUGAAGCAGUUGGGCCACAACAUAGAUGUCGUGAAUAAUGGAGUAGAAGCUGUACGUGCAGUCCAAUGCAACAUCUACAAUCUUGUUCUCAUGGAUGUAUGCAUGCCAGUAAUGGAUGGUCUUCAAGCUACAAGGCUGAUCCGAUCAUUUGAGGAAACUGGUAAUUGGGAUGAUGCAGUGAAGGCAGGAGUCGAGUUGCAGUUACCUCUGCUAGAUUCUUCAACGAAUUCAGUUGAACCGAGAAAAUCCAGAGAGCGGAUUCCUAUCAUAGCGAUGACGGCGAAUGCAUUGUCAGAGAGUGCAGAUGAGUGUUUUGCAAGCGGUAUGGACUCGUUUGUAUCGAAGCCUGUAUCUUUGCAAAACUUAAAACAAUGUCUUCAGAAAUAUUUACAAUAAUAUCUGUGAAUGUAUGCAUCAGACAUUUACCAUAGUAUUAGUUGUAAAUAUGCAUCUCGUAGAGCAAAUGAAUGUAUUUUUGCCAUUAAUGUAUGAUGUUUUUUUUCGAGUC